CUUUCCUUCACUUCUCUGACCAUGUCCAUUCUUAUUCUCUUCUCUUCUUCUCUUCUUCCUCAUCGGUGGUCGUUUGUUUAUCUCUUCUCCACUCGAUAACCACAGUUUUGAUUUCACCCCCUCACGGUGUGUCGGGCUAAGGGGACGGACCUCCCCCCAUUGACCCGCUUUUUUAAUCGGCAAUCAAUUCGGUGGUGGAAACCAUCUGACCUCACUCAGGCUUUCAACCAGACUUGGCGGUAGCCAGCUUCUUGGUUUCGUUGGCUUUCCCCUUUGAAGUGUCCGUGGUCGAGGAUAUGUCCGUUGGUACGUCGUCCUUGGAUUGACAACUGAAGGUACGGUGCGUGGCUGGGCCUGACGCCGCGACAGGUCGUUGAAUUCGAGUUCGAAAACAACUCUCCAGACGUUGCGAUUCUCUUCAAAGAUGCCUCGAUCGAUUUCUUCCUACUUUUCCGCGAUCCCGGGGCAAGAUCCGCCCCCCAGCGAUAAUGAUCGCCGCAGGUCGUCGUCGUCGCGAACAGCACCUCCCUCGCCCUCUGCUGUCCGACGCAGCCACAGUCUGCUCUCCGAGACCCAUACCGCCUAUCAGUCGUUGGGUACCCCGCUGGAGGUUGGGGAGACAACCAGCUUGUUAGGAAAGACGCAAGAGAACUCCCGACGCAUGCCACGACGGUCCUAUACCAGUACAUCCGGGAUAUCAGGGCCUGACCCCCUUGUCCGACACGCUUUAAUGGCGGGGAGCGUGCGUCGAUCACGCCAUCACAGUAGAGCGAACUCGACGAAUCGACGGCUCAGUCGCUCCGGCAGCGUGGAGGGGGACCGCGUCGACAGCCUAGCUGCAUCGAUGAAAGACGCCAUGACGGCGUCGUUUCUCGACGAUCGCACCUGGUAUGACCAGUUUACCUCCACCGACUGGGUACAUGAUAGUAUCGCGGACGGAGCGCGCCUACGGGAGCUGCGCAGCAGGAAGGAUCUCCGCGGCCGGCUCUUGUCGUGGUUUGACGGGGCUCAGGGCUGGAUUCUGGUCGCUCUCAUCGGCUGUAUUACCGCGGCCAUCGCCUACACCGUGGAUGUGACGGAGGACUUCAUGUACGAUUUGAAAGAAGGAUUUUGCUCAACGCGGUUGUUCCAUAGCCGCCAAAGCUGCUGUAUGGGCGGGUUGGAUUGCCCCGCAUGGCGGUCGUGGUCCCGCGUCCUGAGCCCCUCUGGAACGGAAAACGAGUGGGUCGAUUUUGGCAUGUUUGUGUUUUGGGUGGGUGGCCUGUCGGCCAUAUCCUGUUUUCUGACUCUGCUCACCAAGACUGUCGUUCCGUCGUCCAUUUCGUUGGCGACCUUAGACGAAAACCUCGGCGCGGUGGGAUCGCGAGGAGCGCAGCGGAGCUAUGGGACGGUCGAUUCGCCCGACUCCAACGAGUCGAGCCCACAGACGGCUUACCCCGUGGUCUCGACACGCCCGGACAUGGUCUACUAUUCGGCCGCAGGCAGUGGGGUGGCUGAGGUGAAGGUCAUCAACAGUGGCUUUGUGUUGCACGGAUACCUGGGCUUCAAGACCCUGGUCAUCAAGACCGUCGCCCUGAUAUUCAGCGUCUCAUCCGGCUUGAGCCUGGGCAAGGAAGGUCCGUACGUGCAUAUUGCCACGUGUGUGGGGAACAUCUGCUGCCGCCUGUUCGCCAAAUACAAUCGCAACGACGGCAAGCGGCGCGAGGUGCUGAGCGCCAGCGCCGCCAGCGGUGUUGCAGUGGCUUUCGGGGCCCCCAUCGGCGGUGUUCUGUUCAGUCUCGAGGAAGUGAGCUACUACUUCCCACCUAAAACGCUGUUCCGGACGUUUUUCUGUUGUAUCGCUGCCGCCCUAUCCCUCAAGUUUCUUAACCCCUACGGGACCGGCAAGAUUGUUCUCUUCCAGGUCCGGUAUCUUGGGGAUUGGGAAAUUUUUGAGAUCGCCAUCUUUAUCUUCCUGGGCGUCCUUGGAGGGGCGCUGGGCGCCCUCUUCAUCAAAGCAUCCAGCCUGUGGGCGCGUUCCUUCCGUCGGAUUUCAGUCAUCCGUCGUUGGCCCAUGCUCGAGGUUCUGCUUGUUGCUCUAGUCACAGGACUGGCGAGCUUUUGGAAUCGUUACACGAAGCUUCCGGUCUCCGAGCUGCUGUUCGAGCUGGCUAGUCCCUGCGAACACGAAUCGACAUCCCCGACUGGCCUUUGCCCCUCCCCGGAUGGGAUCGGCGAGAUAAUUCGCUAUCUUCUUGUGGCAUUCGUCAUCAAGAGCUUUUUAACGGUGAUCACCUUCGGUAUCAAGGUCCCUGCGGGUAUCUAUGUCCCGUCGAUGGUGGUUGGUGGUCUGAUGGGGCGGAUCGUGGGCCAUGUGGCACAGUAUCUGGUGGUGAAGUAUCCCAACUUUUUCCUUUUCGGAUCCUCGUGUCCGGCUGUUCCUGGCAUGGAGUCCUGCGUGACUCCGGGCAUCUAUGCGAUGAUUGCAGCCGGCGCCACCAUGUGUGGUGUGACCCGACUGUCCGUCACCCUGGCGGUCAUCCUGUUUGAACUGACCGGGAGUCUUGACCAUGUGCUUCCGUUUUCUUUGGCCAUCCUUUGCGCCAAGUGGACGGCUGACGCCAUAGAACCGCGCAGCAUUUACGACUUCCUCACCGAUAUGAAUUCCUACCCGUUUUUGGACAACAAACUCCAGAUCGUGUCGGACUCCGAGUUGGGGGACAUCGUUCGACCGGUGCGCAAGAGCCGUAUCAUCGACAUUUCCAACUCGCCGUUCGUGCGUGCCUCGGAGCUGCGGUCGAAACUGCAGCAUUUGCUCAUGGCUGGGGAGCUUGACAGCGGUCUUCCCAUCUUGUGUGACAAUGCUCUGGCCGGCCUGAUCCCCGCCCCAGAUCUGGAGUAUGCGCUGGACAAUCUCCAAGACGAGGACAAUACAUUGUGCUUGAUGGCACUAGACACGACAUCGGUGGUGUCCGACAGCGACGACGAAGGCGCCGAACGGGUGGACUUCAGCCGUUACAUCGACCCAGCACCUAUUGCGUUGGACAUCCACUCGCCCAUUGACCUUGUCUACCAAUGCUUUGCGAAGCUGGGCCUGCGAUAUCUGUGUGUUCUCCAGGGUGGACAGUACGCAGGCCUCGUGCACAAGAAGGCUUUUGUGAAAUUCGUCAAGCAGCUUGAGUGAGUUGUAUGGCCUGAAUUUCGCUUGAACCACGACAUUAAACAUCUUACUUGAAACGAUACUUCUGGGAUUGGAUCGAGGUGACCAACCCUGGUAUAUACACCUGCAGUUGGACGACUGCAGAAUGCCAUAUAUUAGCGAGGCGUUCCUUAUCUUUUCUUUGAUUUUUGGACAGCGUGAAUGUGUAUUUAUUUUGCAACCAUGCAUAUAGCGUUGAUAGUCCGGGCUAUCUUGUUUAGACCCACUGUUAUUUAACCUUCUACAUAUCCACCUGGC